AUGGUGAAUCACAUUGAAUUCAGUGAUAUCUGCAAACUGGCAGAAGCGCUGAAGGACCACUCUGGCUGGAUGUUGCGCAUCGUGGCAGAACGGCGAGAAUUUACAGAGGAGUCCAGGCGUGUGGAAGAGCUGCGAUCCCGGCAGAGCAGAGGCCGGGCCCAGGGGGCGCUGGAAUCCCGGAAGGGAAGGGGAGGAAGGCUUGCAUGCCGGGUCGGCCUUUGCAAAGGGGCCCCCGGAACAGAAGACGUGGAAGCUCUGCUGCCAGAGGUGGGGUGCUGCGCCGGUGGGGCAGGAGGGGCCGAAGGGAAGAGCAGCAGCCGGGCCUCCUGCGACCCUCCCCCGGUUGCAAAGGCUGCAGCAGCUCCGAGCACCACGAGGGCCGGAGAGGGGAAGGCGAGGCGGCCAGCAGAGGGUGAUCAGAGAAACGAGGAGGGUGAGGAACUUGUCCAGCAGUUGCCAGAUCGAGUUCAAGAUUUGAAAGAAAACAAUAGAAACCGAGGCAGACCUAAGAGAAAGGAAGGCAGCCGUAUGGAUGAGAAGAGAAAAGGAAAAAAAAUUAAUGUACAUUUUCCAAAGCAAAGAAUAAUUAAAGCAUGUACAUCCAAACAGUGUAUCAAGUACUUCAAAAAGAGAUCACAGCUCUUUGUGCAUCAAAAAGUACACAGAGGCAAGGAACCUUUUGAAUGUUCAGUGUGUGGGAAGAGAUUCAAUCACAAUAGUACUCUUCAGUGUCAUCAAAGAACCCACACAGGGGAGAAACUUUUUGCAUGUUCAGAGUGCGGAAAGAGAUUCAGUCUAAGUGCGUCUCUUCAUCGGCAUCAGAGAAUCCACACAGGAGAGAAACCUUUUGAAUGCUCAGAGUGCGGAAAGAGAUUCAGUCAGAGUAGCACUCGAAAACUGCAUCAGAGAACCCACACAGGGGAGAAACCUUUUGAAUGCUCAGAGUGUGGAAAGAGAUUCAGUCGGAGUAGCCAUCUUCAGGUGCACCAGAGAACCCACACAGGGGAGAAACCUUUUGAAUGCUCAGCAUGUGGAAAGAGAUUCAGUCACAGUGGUGAUCUUCGAAAGCAUCAGAGAUCCCACACAGGGCAGAAACCUUUUCCAUGCUCAGAGUGUGGAAAGAAAUUCAGUCUAAGUGUGUCUCUUCAUCAGCAUCAGAGAAUCCACACAGGGGAGAAACCUUUUGAAUGCUCAGAGUGCGGAAAGAGAUUCAGUCGGAGUAGCAUUCUAAAGCUGCAUCAGAGAAUCCACACAGGGGAGAAACCUUUUGCAUGCUCAGAGUGUGGAAAGAGAUUCAGUAACAGUAGCCAUUUUCGAAAGCAUCAGAAAACCCACACAGGGGAGAAACCUUUUGAAUGCUCAGAGUGUGGAAAGAGAUUCAGUCAGAGCAGCACUCUAAAGCAGCAUCAGAGAACUCACACAGGGGAGAAAGCUUUUGCAUGCUCAGAGUGUGGAAAGAGAUUCAGUCAGAGCAGCACUCUAAAGCUGCAUCAGAGAACCCACACAGGGGAGAAACCUUUUGAAUGUUCAGAAUGUGGGAAAAAAUUUAGUGAAAGAGGCACUCUAAAAAGGCAUCAGAGAACCCACACAGGGGAGAAACCUUUUGAAUGUUCAGAGUGUGGAAGGAGAUUCAGUCGGAGUGGCACUCUUCAACAACAUCAAAGGACCCACACAGAGGAGAAACCUUUUGAAUGCUCAGAGUGUGGAAAGAGAUUCAGUAACAGUGGUGAUCUUCGAAAGCAUCAGAGAACCCACUCCGGGGAGAAACCUUUUGAAUGCUCAGAGUGUGGAAAGAGAUUCAGUCUGAGUAGCCAUCUUCAGCUGCACCAGAGAACCCACUCCGGGGAGAAACCUUUUGAAUGCUCAGCGUGUGGAAAGAGAUUCAGUCACAGUGGUGAUCUUCGAAAGCAUCAGAGAACCCACACAGGGGAGAAACCUUUUGAAUGCUCAGAGUGUGGAAAGAGAUUCAGUCACAGUGGUGCUCUUCGAAAUCAUCAGAGAACCCACACAGGGGAGAAACCUUUUGAAUGCUCAGAGUGUGGAAAGAGAUUCAGUUGGAGUAGCCAUCUUCAGCUGCACCAGAGAACCCACACAGGGGAGAAACCUUUUGAAUGCUCAGAGUGUGGAAAGAGAUUCAGUCGGAGUGACCAUCUUCAGCUGCACCAGAGAACCCACACAGGGGAGAAACCUUUUGAAUGCUCAGCGUGUGGAAAGAGAUUCAGUCACAGUGGUGAUCUUCGAAAGCAUCAGAGAACCCACACAGGGGAGAAACCUUUUGAAUGCUCAGAGUGUGGAAAGAGAUUCAGUCUGAGUAGCCAUCUUCAGCUGCACCAGAGAAACCACACAGGGGAGAAACCUUUUGAAUGCUCAGAGUGUGGAAAGAGAUUCAGUCGGAGUGACCAUCUUCAGCUGCACCAGAGAACCCACACAGGGGAGAAACCUUUUGAAUGCUCAGCGUGUGGAAAGAGAUUCAGUCACAGUGGUGAUCUUCGAAAGCAUCAGAGAACCCACACAGGGGAGAAACCUUUUGAAUGCUCAGAGUGUGGCAAGAGAUUCAGUCGAAGUGCAUCUCUUCAUCUACAUCAGAGAACCCACACAUGGGUUGCCAACCACCAGGUGGGACUGACAGACAAGCUGCUGAAACACUGGGAGAGCACAAUUUUGACAAUGGUGAAUCACCUUGAAUUCAGUGAUAUCUGCAAACUGGCAGAAGCACUGAACGACCACUCCGGUGGGAUGUUGCGCAUCGUGGCAGAACGUCAGGUGACUCAAGGCAUCUCUAUCCAGUCGGAGGUGACCCAGGAGAAGGGGGGGGAGAUGGAAGAGCAGGACCCAGAAGGAGCUGCAGCUGGCAAGAUGGCAAGCAUGGCUCAGUGGUCAGGAGUCCAGGCGUGUGGAAGAGCUGCAAUCCCGGCAGAGCAGAGGCCGGGCCCAGGGGGUGCUGGAGCCCCUUUCCUAGCCCGGAAUCCCGGAAGGGAAGGGGAGGAAGGCUUGCAUGCCGGGUCCGGCCUUUGCAAAGGGGCCCCCGGAACGGAAGACGUGGAAGCUCUGCUGCCAGAGGUGGGGUGCUGCGCCGGUGGGGCAGGAGGGGCCGAAGGGAAGAGCAGCAGCCGGGCCUCCUGCGACCCUCCCCCGGUUGCAAAGGCUGCAGCAGCUCCGAGCGCCACGAGGGCCGGAGCAGGGGAAGGCGAGGCGGCCAGACAACUCCCUUCCAGUGUGCAGUCUCUGCCUGGCAUCAUCUCUCAUGAGGGAAUCUACUUUUUCUUCCAGUGCCCCUUUUCCUUUGAGGAGGUGUCUGUCCGUUUCACUACAGCAGAGUGGGACCUGCUGGAUCCGGGCCAGAAAACCCUCUGCAGGGAAGUCAUGCAGGAGAACUAUCUGAGCGUCAUCUCUCUGGCAGAGGAUGAUCAGAGAAACAAGGAGGGUGAGGAACUUGUCCAGCAGUUGCCAGAUCGAGUUCAAGAUUUGAAAGAAAACAAUAGAAACCGAGGCAGACCUAAGAGAAAGGAAGGCAGCCGUAUGGAUGAAAAGAGAAAAGGAAAAAAGUUUAAUGUACAUUUUCCAAAGCAAAGAAUAAUUAAAGCAUGUACAUCCAAACAGUGUAGCAAGUACUUCAAAAAGAGAUCACAGCUCUUUGUGCAUCAAAAAGUACACAGAGGCAAGGAACCUUUUGAAUGUUCAGUGUGUGGGAAGAGAUUCAAUCACAAUAGCACUCUUCAGUGUCAUCAAAGAACCCACACAGGGGAGAAACUUUUUGCAUGUUCAGAGUGCGGAAAGAGAUUCAGUCUAAGUGCGUCUCUUCAUCGGCAUCAGAGAAUCCACACAGGAGAGAAACCUUUUGAAUGCUCAGAGUGCGGAAAGAGAUUCAGUUGGAGUAGCACUCGAAAACUGCAUCAGAGAACCCACACAGGGGAGAAACCUUUUGAAUGCUCAGAGUGUGGAAAGAGAUUCAGUCGGAGUAGCCAUCUUCAGCUGCACCAGAGAACCCACACAGGGGAGAAACCUUUUGAAUGCUCAGCGUGUGGAAAGAGAUUCAGUCACAGUGGUGAUCUUCGAAAGCAUCAGAGAUCCCACACAGAGCAGAAACCUUUUCCAUGCUCAGAGUGUGGAAAGAAAUUCAGUCUAAGUGUGUCUCUUCAUCAGCAUCAGAGAAUCCACACAGGGGAGAAACCUUUUGAAUGCUCAGAGUGCGGAAAGAGAUUCAGUCGGAGUAGCACUCUAAAACUGCAUCAGAGAAUCCACACAGGGGAGAAACCUUUUGCAUGCUCAGAGUGUGGAAAGAGAUUCAGUAACAGUAGCCAUUUUCGAAAGCAUCAGAGAACCCACACAGGGGAGAAACCUUUUGAAUGCUCAGAGUGUGGAAAGAGAUUCAGUCAGAGCAGCACUCUAAAGCAGCAUCAGAGAACUCACACAGGGGAGAAAGCUUUUGCAUGCUCAGAGUGUGGAAAGAGAUUCAGUCAGAGCAGCACUCUAAAGCAGCAUCAGAGAACCCACACAGGGGAGAAACCUUUUGAAUGCUCAGAGUGUGGAAAAGGAUUCAGUCACAGUGGUGAUCUUCGAAAGCAUCAGAGAACCCACACAGGGGAGAAAUCUUUUGAAUGCUCAGAGUGUGGAAAGAGUUUCAGUUGGAGUAGUCAUCUUCAGCUGCACCAGAGAACCCACACAGGGGAGAAACCUUUUGAAUGCUCAGAGUGUGGAAAGAGAUUCAGUAACAGUGGUGAUCUUCGAAAGCAUCAGAGAACCCACACAGGGGAGAAACCUUUUGAAUGCUCAGAGUGUGGAAAGAGAUUCAGUUGGAGUAGCCAUCUUCAGCUGCACCAGAGAACCCACACAGGGGAGAAACCUUUUGAAUGCUCAGCGUGUGGAAAGAGAUUCAGUCACAAUGGUGAUCUUCGAAAGCAUCAGAGAACCCACACAGGGGAGAAAGCUUUUGAAUGCUCAGAGUGUGGAAAGAGAUUCAGUCACAGUGGUGCUCUUCGAAAUCAUCAGAGAACCCACACAGGGGAGAAACCUUUUGAAUGCUCAGAGUGUGGAAAGAGAUUCAGUUGGAGUGACCAUCUUCAGCUGCACCAGAGAACCCACACAGGGGAGAAACCUUUUGAAUGCUCAGAGUGUGGAAAGAGAUUCAGUCGGAAGUUUUUUCUUUUUCUGCAUAAAAGAACCCACACAGGGGAGAAACCUUUUGAAUGCUCAGAGUGUGGAAAGAGAUUCAGUCAGAGUAGCCAUCUUCAGCUGCAUCAAAGAACCCACACAGGGGAGAAACCUUUUGCAUGCUCAGAAUGUGGAAAGAGAUUCAGUCACAGUGGCACUCUUCAACUGCAUCAAAGAACCCACACAGGGGAGAAACCUUUUGAAUGCUCAGAGUGUGGAAAGAGAUUCAGUUACAGUGGCCAUUUUCGAAAGCAUCAGAGAACUCACACAGGAGAGAAACCUUUUGAAUGUUCAGAAUGUGGAAAGAGAUUCAUUGAUAGUGGUACUCUAAAUCUGCAUCACAGAACCCACACAGGGGAGAAACCUUUUGAAUGCUCAGAGUGUGGAAAGAGAUUCAGUCAGAAUGGCACUCUAAAACUGCAUCAGAGAACCCACACAGGGGAGAAACCUUUUGAAUGCUCAGAGUGUGGAAAGAGAUUCAGUUACAGUGGCCAUUUUCGAAAGCAUCAGAGAACGCACACAGGGGAGAAACCUUUUGAAUGUUCAGAAUUUGGAAAGAGAUUCAAUCAAAGUGGCCAUCUUCAACUGCAUCAGAGAGCCCACACAGGGGAGAAGCCUUUUGAAUGCUCAGAGUGUGGAAAGAGAUUCAGUAACAACAGCACUCUUCAGCUGCAUCAGAGAACCCACACAGGAGAGAAACCUUUUGAAUGCUCAGAGUGUGGAAAGAGAUUCAGUCAGAGUGGCACUCUUCACCAGCACCGGAGAACCCACACAGGGGAGAAACCUUUUGCAUGCUCAGAGUGUGGAAAGAAAUUCAGUCGAAGUGUGUCUCUUCAUCUGCAUCAGAGAAUCCACACAGGGGAGAAACCUUUUGCAUGCUCAGAGUGUGGAAAGAGAUUCAGUCGAAGUGCAUCUCUUCAACUGCAUCAAAGAACCCACACAGGGGAGAAACCUUUUGAAUGCUCUGAGUGUGGCAAGAGAUUCAGUCAGAGUGGCACUCUUCACCAGCACUGGAGAACCCACGCAGGGGAGAAACCUUUUGCAUGCUCAGAGUGUGGAAAGAGAUUCAGUCGAAGUGCGUCUCUUCAUCUACAUCAGAGAACCCACACAGAAGGAAAACUUCUUUGA